CAUGCACAAAAUUUAGGAUAUGGACAGUCAUUAUUUGAGAGAUUUUAUAACUAUUUCAAAUCCAGACCUGAUAAUCCAAUGUUGAUGCUGGAUAGACAGUAUAGGAUGCAUAAGGAAAUAUGUCAUUUUCCAGCACAACAAUUCUAUGGUGGAAAGCUAUCAACAAGCAGACAGGUGUGUUUCCGUCAACAGGCAGGUGUGUUUCAGUCAACAGGCAGCAAUGUUCUAAAAAGAACUGAUGAAUAUAAAUUUCCAUUUCAUCCUUACAAAGUUAUAGAUGUUGUAAGGGGGCGUGAAGUCUCUCAACGACCAGGACAUAUUGUCAACUAUGAAGAAGCUGAUAUGAUUAUGAACAUUCUUCGUGUUGUGGAUGAAACCCAGCGUGUAAUAAAUGUGGGAAUAAUCACUCCGUACAAAGCACAGAAACAACAUUUGAGACUCAAGCUAAGAGAUAGGAAUUUUAGAGGUAACUGCCAAAUUGAAAUCAAUACUGUGGAUGGAUUUCAAGGACGAGAGAAAGAUAUCAUUAUUCUGUCAUGUGUAAGGGCAAAGAAUGCAACAGGAUCUAUAGGGUUUGUUGCAGAUGACCAAAGAUUGAAUGUAUCGUUGACAAGAGCAAAGUUGUCACUGUUUAUCCUCGGACACCUGGAUUCACUGAAAACCUGUUCUGGCUGGCUAUCUCUCAUCAACGAUGCUUAUAAGCGUGGGGCCAUCAUAAAAGCUCUUGGACCGAACUAUUAUGAGAUAGCUAAGCGAUGUAGACUGGAAUCAUGGUUGCCAGCAGUGACUGCAUCUGCAGCCAUUAGUGAUGACUGUUCUCACCACAACCAUGUAAUGAGGAAACGUUCUUCAUCAGUGGAUAGAUCUAAUGCCACUUCUGGAAACUCUUUCCAUCACAAUAUUGUGAAAAGCAGUUCAGAAGUGAGGAAUAAGAGUUUUAGUCAUAAAAGUGACAGCAGAUCAAAUCAUGAAUGUAGAGAUGUUUGUAACAUGAGAGUAGCAUCCGAGCAGUCUAAUUAUCAAGGGAAUAAAUCCCCUGCUGUUACUGAGAAGAAUCUAGCUAAUGUUGUUGAUAAGCUUAAGAAGAAAUACUCCAGCACAUCAAAGACAAUGUUACUGAAGGAAUAUCCAAUUAAAUCUACAAGUCGGAGUAGAGAGGACUCAAGACACUGCUUAUCUGGGGAUAGAGGUUUCAAGGCUAACCACUCUGAUAAGAAUCCAAAGAAAAGAAGUCGUUCUCCUGAUGACAAAAAUUCUAGAAGACACAUUCAUUCGCAUGAAUUUAAACGCCAAGCUGUUGACUCCCUCUCUGCAGACAGAAGCAAAAUAGAUUCAAAGCAAAAGCAUAAAAGCACAGUUCAUCAUCAUCAUCAUCGUCGUCCUGGAAACAACAAAGAUACCAGCUUUAAGAAAGAUGCAAAAGUUAUGAGGGUCGGUAAGCAGAAUGGUGAACAUUUGACUGAAGGUGAAGAUUUGUUCUCAGGAGUCAAUGUCACAACCAAUGUCACACAGUUUGAGAACUGUCUUGAGAGGCAAGAAACAACAAACAUACAACAUUCUAUUCUAAGGCCAGCAAAUAGAGUUCGCUACAAAAGUCAAAAGCGUGUUUCAUUCAGUGUUGAUGUUAAAGACAAUUCUGAAGAAAGUAAACAAAAAACUCUAAUUUAUCAAUGUACCAGUUUGCCAAGAGACAAGUUACCAGCUUUUCAGCAAGGCACUCAUUAA